AUGGUGGGGCUCUUCAUGGUUGUAGGUCGUAAGAGAGGGCGCACAAGAGGCCUUUCUAUCAAUGCAAGGACUAGCUCUAAUAAGAAAGAUUUGGAAUUAGAUAAGCACGACAUUGUAGUUGGCGCUAAUGCAGCUGAGGCAUCCACAUACUCUGGACUACUUGCUAGGAUCCCAACCCUGCUACCAUUAAACUAUCCUGACUGGAGAAAGGUUCCGAAUCAUCAUAAAGAAGAAGCGUGGAAGAAAAUUGAGGAAAAAUUUAAUGUUUCGAAAGAUGCCCAACGUGUUAUUUUCAUGAGAAUGAGCCACUCAUGGCGCGAUUUCAAGGCAACUCUGGAAAAAAAAACAGAGAUAAAAUAUCCUAAUUUUUAUAAUGCUCCCCGCCCUACUGAUCCCGUAGACAUUCUUUCUGAUCAAUGGGCAUACCUCAUAGGGAAGUGGACAUCUGAGGACUGGCAGGCAAAAUCUAUAGCCAACAAAAAUAGGAGAGAAAACCAACAAGUGUCUCAUACAACUGGCCAGAAGGGUUUCACACAGGUAGCACAUGAGAUGGAUAAGUUUGAAGAGAAAUUGGAAGAAUUGCCCCCAGAAAUGAGAGAGACGAGUGUUGUCCAAAACGAUCUUUUUGUGGAAGCAUUUGGCGUUGAUCCUCCAGGCCGAGUGCGUGGUGCAGGCCUAGGCGUAAAGUUGAGUACUCUUGGCCUUACACAAAGAAAUAUUGAGGAGAGACGGGAGAAACAAGAAAGACAAAGAGAAUUUGCAUUGAUGAAGGAAGAAAUUGCUUAUUUGAAACGUGUUGUAGCUGAUCUAUCCCAAAUACUUCGGGGUAGAGGUAGUUUGGAAAGUUCAACUCACUUAUGUAAGUAA